AUGGCUGCCGGACCCCUCGCUCGGAUUCUCGCCCAAAUCGUCGUCCCUGUGAUUGCCGUCUUGGCCCGUACCAUCCCAGCUGCCUAUUCACAAGCCUUGAGGAAUGCCCGAAAGUCGGGUGUGGAUGCGACGGAAGCAGCGGCACCAGUAUUUGGCAAGAAGAUUAGUCGGUCAGAAGCCUUACAAGUGCUCAACUUGGCGGAAGCGGAGGCAACUCCUGAGGCGGUUCAGAAACAAUUUGACCGAUACUUUGCCGCCAAUGAUGUUUCCAAAGGAGGCAGUUUUUAUUUGCAGUCCAAGAUUUACAGAGCCAAGGAAUUGCUCAGCGAAUAUCAAGAGGAAAAGCGACAGGAAGAACAACAAGAACGAAAGCAACAAUAA